AUGCCUUUUCUACGCCGUCGCGGCAACAUGGUCAGCGAGACCGAUAUGAGGCGCCAUACCAUUCUUGAUGCCGAUGCGCCUCAGCUCCCGCCGCUUCCGCAACAUUUUCCACCCCAGCAGCCUCAGCAACAGCAGCAGCCUCAGCAAGAGCAACAGCCUCAACAACCGCCGCUACCCUUGCCGCAACGCCCACCACAAGAAGUCCCCCGAGUCUCCGUGUCUGCCUCCAUAAGCGAAACCCCUUCCACCUCCCUGACUGUGCCCGCGCAAACCGACGGUGACAUCGAUACCUCGACACGGCUCGAUCCUGACGACGCAGACGCUCGACCAGAUACUCCUCCAAUCCAGGAUGAGACGCCUAAGCAUCGUCGCUUUUCAAUCCUGAGGUUUCGCAAUGCCUCCGACUCCCAGCUGUCAUUAAGGGCCAAGCAGCAGGCUGAAAAGCCUCCCCCUGUCCCUCGGCCCCCUGAGAUUAUCACGACCGCACCCACAGUCGAUUUCCAAGUACCGCAGAAGAAGCAGUCUCGAAUGCGACUUGCCGACCGAUUUCGAAGAUCUGGUGAGCUGCCCAGAAAUAGCGAGGAUGGGGGCAACCGAGCCAUGACGUGGAAGUCAUCUAGGAGGAAAACGGGCCUGGAAGACCUCGCUUCUAGAAAUCGGCCUACUCUUGUCACUUUCGAGGAACCCAACCGCCCGUCUUCGUCCAGGGCGCCCACCAACGGAGACCAUCACGAUGGCAUCGCCUUGUCACUCCCCGCCAAUCGAGCUUCCGAAUCAUCGCGAUCCGAUGCGAGCUUCGGGGAACAACUAUACCCCACAACUACCGCAGGCACUGCAGGCACCGCAGCUAACUCUCCUCCAGUGCCGUCAAGCACUAGCUUCUUUCGCCUGGGUCGCAGGAAACCCAAAACACCAUCGCCCAUGUUCGACUUAUCACAUCUGCCUCAGAAAGGCAAGACCGCCGCCAACGGCGCAGACAAUAAUGAAACAUCCUCGUCAUUAGGCGCAGCUCACCCACCCAUCGCGUCAACAUCCAGAGAGGGCACUCCGCGACCCCAUCAUGGCUCGAGGCCCCCAUCAAGCUACAGCACACACGCCGACUCCGUGUCGUCCUCUGCCCCUGAUCAGCAUCCACUCAAGACGAACCCCUCACCGGCAACUGCACUAUUUCGUCCCGGCUCGACUCACUCCGGUCAGUCAUCACCGACCCGAGCCCGGUUGCAACGCCGAGGGAGAUCUUCGACCAUGAGCUCUUUAGGCAGAGAUUCGUUGGAAGGGCAUCUCGAUCCAGGAGCAAGCCGAACAUCCACGUCGAUCGGGCGCAAGAGCUUUGGCGAUCUCUUUGGCCUGAACAGACUGCGACAAAACUCUGAUCUGGGCCAGAGAGCGGGCACGCUGACACCUGCAACCCCUGGCUCCAACACAUCCAAGAACAAUUCACUCCAGAUUGCGCGGGAGCCGAUUGCCUUGCCUGAGAAGCUCGAGGACGAAACGCCCGCCAAGUAUUUGGCCAGGAUAGAAGAGAUUCUCAGUAGAGGAGUAAUUGCGAGUGCGUUGUCCAAGGGAAGUGAUCCUUUCGCGGCAGCCGUGUUGCGGAGUUACAUGCGCCGGUUUAGUUUCUUUGGUGACCCGAUGGACAUGGCAAUCCGGAAACUACUCAUGGAAGCCGAGCUGCCCAAAGAGACGCAGCAGAUCGACAGGUGUUUGCAGGCGUUUGCGAAUCGCUAUCACGAAUGCAACCCGGGCAUUUAUGCCUCCCCUGACCAGGCCUACUUCGUGGCGUUUUCGCUUCUCAUUCUGCAUACGGAUGUGUUCAACAAGAAUAACAAGCACAAGAUGCAGCAACCUGACUAUUUGAAGAAUACCCAAGGCGAGGGUGUUUCGGACCCGAUCCUUCGAUGCUUUUACGACAACAUCACUUACACCCCCUUCAUACACGUUGAGGACGACGUGGACCUCAAUGGUGAUCGACUUAUAGCGAACAGAGCCAAGAGGAAAACACUAUUUCCUGGAGGCACGCCGGAAACGGCCGCGAAGCGGUCUAACCGUGAACCCCUUGAUCCGUAUACGCUGAUCAUAGACGGCAAGCUGGAUAUACUGAGGCCGAGUCUGAAAGAUGUGAUGGAGCUCGAGGACCACUAUGACUACUUGGGAACGGCAAAAGACCUCAACGUAAAGGAGCUUCAGCGGACAUUCUUCAGAACUGGUGUUUUGCAAAUUGUGUCGGCCAGGUCACGGCCAGAUGCCUUUCGCGACGAAAAGAGCGCUAUCAACCCUGCCGAAGCGGCGCAGGGCGUGGUCGAUAUCAAAAUCACAAAGGUCGGUCUUUUGUGGCGGAAGGAUGUCAAGAAGAAAAAAACCAGAUCACCCUGGCAGGAAUGGGGGGCCAUUCUUACGGGCGCCCAGCUUUAUUUCUUCCGCAACACCACAUGGAUCAAGAACUUGAUGCACCAAUACGAAUCGCACGUUAAACAAGGCUUUUACGGCGAACCAAUUACGUUUAAACCGCCAUUACCGGAGUUCAAGCCUGAUGGAUAUCUCCCGACGAAGGAAGCCGUUGCGCUCGUAGACUCCACGUAUAAGAAGCACAAGAACGCUUUCAAGUACUCUCGGCCCGGGGCCUUCGUCGAGGAGGUUCUUCUUGCUGACAAUGAAGAGGAGAUGAACGACUGGCUCGCCAAAUUGAAUUACGCUGCAGCCUUCACUACGUCUGGCGUCCGCAUGCGAGGCGUCGUGGGCGGCAAUUACGAGGGACAAAGUCGACGGGGGAUCAGGAGACUUGGAAGUUCGGCCUCAGCGCAGGUUAUUCAGACUCCCACCGGCGAGGUCAGCAUCGUUCGUGGUAAAAUUGAUCACCAGGAGGCCGAGUCCAUUCAGGCUCAACGACGGCAGACCAUGAUGGACGCUGUUGCUAAAGCAGAUGAAGAAAUCGCCAUCAAGGAGCAAGAGCUGGAGAUCCAUCUGAGAAACGCUCGCCAUCUCCAGAUUCUCUCGCCCAUCCAAGCCAAGACGAGAGAUCAGGUUCUUUCGGCUGCUGCUCACAUGGAUGUGAAGAUCAAGUGGAUUCGUAUGGACAUGUGGAAAUCCAGGUGUCAUCGAGAUGUCCUUUUGAAGGAUAUGGCCGAAGAGCAGCGACUCCAAGGUCUGGUGCCGACCAAGUCUCAAAAUGGCCAUGAGAUCCGCGAAGCGUCGCCAUCCCGAGAAAGACCAUCCAUGCUCGAGGCAGGAUCAGUGACAAGUGUGGGACGCCGCCGGCGGAGGUCAUCGGCAGCCAUCUCCGUGGUUCAAGGGCCUGCGAAGAUGGCGCAAGGGGAGCCAGAAUCGCCAACAAAUGAUGCUUACCAGACACCGCCUACAAGUGCGACCUUCAACCCCCACAAACACCAGAACUCAUGGGACUCCAAGGUCUCCAAAUCCCAAGAGCCAGUCUACCGCAAACGACCCUGCUCCAGUUCUAGUCAAUCCUCUGGUGAGCCGACGUUCUACAGCCCGCAGCAGCAUCCGACUCCUAGAAGAGGGAAGGACGAAGAAACGAGUGUGACUGAGGAACAUCAUGAUGACGUGGACGCGAACGAACGUGUUCUCCUUGAGCAGGCAGGCUUGCUGGGAUCAGAAUCUCAUGGCAAUCCGCCUGAAAGAAAGCGAACCGGGUCACUCUCUGAGGCUGGAGAUGCUUCCGAGUCGCGUGAUACCCCGGGGUCCAUCGACAAGCAAGACAGGACAAAGAUCCGACGAAGCCUGCAACGCACCCUCAGGGAGAGCGCUGGCCAUCUUUCGCACCAUCGUAGCAGAAAGGGAAAAGAGGUCAUCACCGGAAGCGCUUUAGAAGACGCUAGUCGCGAAGACGUGCUUACUAGAGGCACUGGAAGUUUCGUGGUACACGGCAAGAAGGCGUCCGUCAUCAAUUUCGGUUCCGAACUGCAACAACUGACUCCCGAGGAGCGUCUGAGGCAGCGAAAGCAGGGUCAGCGCGAUGAGCCUGCUUCUCCCGCCAGCGUCGAGGAAGAUUUCCGCGACGCACUGAAUAAAUCGUUACUUCCCAAGGAGCGCAGAGAGUCGGGCGCAAGCGCUAGCACAGCAACGGCAAGAAGCUUUCGUGAACUUCACCGAAAGUAUUCUUCUGCGCACGCUUCUCGGUCGCCGGCCUUCAGAGGUCAACUCUCAGUGCCGUCUGAUGGUGAGAGUGAAGCCGCAGUCAGCUUUUCCGAAGGACGCAGGACGCCGCUGCCCCCAAUUGAAAACGAGUCUGGAGACGAAGAAGAAAGUGACGCCGUCGUAGCGAGUCCGGGCGUGACAAGCCCUACUGUGGCAAGUCCGCAGCCAAUCCGUGCAGCGUUCUUAUCUCCCCUCGAGCCGGUGACGCCUCAAGGACAGGAGAAACGCGAAGAAGAAAAGAGCGACGAGAUGCAGCGACUACCUAGUCCUCCGAUCCAGGCGGUCAAGGCCUAG